AGAGGCAGCUCCUACUGGCAUUGGGUGUCUCUUGCCUCGCAGAGGACGGGCCACGUCGUGGGGGUGUGUCGGAGUGCCGGCCGUCCCCUGGAGAAGGAGGCCAGGGCUUUUUUUGCAGUUGCCAGGUCCUCAAUAGGAAAUGUUGGUGUUGCAAGCUCAAAAUGAUCGUACUUGCUGAAAAACUCGAGUGCGCUGGGGGGAAAAAGAUGCAAAGUACAGUGCAAAUAAGUAGGCAGAUCAGUCUUCUGGUUUAUUUUAUGUAGCUCACUGUAAGUCUUUGGCUCAGAUCAAGUGGAUUGGGGGAUCCAAACAGUGCCAUAGCAAGAGGGGCAAGCAGGGUGCCAAGGGGUGCGGGACAGAGCUGCGAGCGGUUUGUUUGUGGGGACAGGGGAAGGGUGGCUCCCACCGCUGUGUGCGCUCCCGGGCAAGCAUGGGGGGUGGGGGUGCCCCCUGGAUUUGUGCACAGGGCAAGGGCCGGAUGCCACUGUGGGCUUUGCCCUAGACGCCCAACUUCGUUGUUACAGCACUGGAUCCAAAGCACAAGACCUCCAGACUUGCUGCCAAUGGAUUUGGUAGUUUCUGAAGCCCCAGGCUGAUGCUUGUCACUGGUGGUAGCAUCACACAGACUCGAAUGAUUGAGCUUUGCUAUAAAUUGCCAGAUCUUCUAAAAUCAGAGCAGGAAAACUGGAAAGUAAUGUCAGCAAGAUAUAAGGAUAUGGCAGAAAAAAUCAAACAGAAAUUAGAAGUAUUCUAUGACAAGUAUACAUUCAAUCAAGACCGCCCAAUGAUUAGAUUUGGGAAUUUUGUUUACUUUGAAGAAAAUGGCUGCAUAUUGCGUUCAGUAGCUGAUGGAGACAAAGGAAGUGCUGAAGUUUUACUUAGUACUGAAGAUCUUUGUUUUCAUGAUGCCUUCAUUCAACGCCUCAGAAUUUCCCCUGAUGAAAGGUAUAUGGCUACCAGCAUUAAAAGCUCAAAUUCUGAAGAGUCAACCUGUAUUAUUAUGAAACUUGAUAAGUUACCCGUGAUAGAAAGAAUUAUCCCAAAUGUGUUUAGCUUUGAAUGGGCUACAAAUAAUGUUCUGUUUUACACCAGUCAAGAAAACCUCGUAUGCCAUAAUGUGUUUCUGACCACUUUGACUAAUACAAAACAUACUGAGCUAGUUUACACAGAACAAGAUCCAAGAUUUUUUGUGGAUAUAUGUUGCACAAAGGAUAGGCGUUUUCUCACUAUCAACAGUAACAGCAAGACUACCUCUGAAGUUUGGUUGGUUGACUGUAGCCAUCCUUUUAAAUCACCUGUUCUUGUACAACAGCGAACAAAAGGGGUUAUUUACCAUAUUGAGCACAGAAAUGAUGAAUUAUAUAUUCUUACUACAUAUGAACAACCUGCAGAAUACAAGCUGAUGAAGACACCACUUGGUUCCUGUGGCAUGGAAAACUGGCAGUCUGUUUACACACUGAAAGAAAAGACUAAGCUAAUAGACAUGGAGAUGUUCAAAGAUCAGUGUGUGAUGUUUCUGAAAUACUACAAUCAUCUUUAUUUAAAUGUGAUUUCUCUUGGUUCUCACUCUGUUCAGUCUGUUGAGCUACCUGCCUGGGCCUGUGCAUUUGAAUUGGAACCCCAUCCUGAGUACAACACCAGUGCUUGCUAUUUUCAGCUUGCCUCCCCUGUUCAGCCCCCUAAACGUUUUGCAUAUUCAUUGGUGGAAAACCAUCUCAUUGAGCAAGUUGAGCAAGAGGUACCAAUUACACUGAAUUGUCACACUGUACAUUUAACAGCUAAAAGCAAGGAUGAAACUUUGGUGCCAAUUACAGUUUUUCAUAAUACGAAUUCUAAAGAGCUACACAGGAAACCACUUCUAGUUCAUGUAUAUGGAGCUUAUGGCAUAGAUUUGAACAUGAGCUUUAAAGCUGAGAAUUUGAUGUUAAUUGACAAUGGUUGGAUAUUAGCAUAUUGCCAUGUUAGGGGUGGAGGAGAGUUAGGCCUUGGCUGGCAUAGAGAUGGAUGUAAGCAUAAUAAACUCAAUGGUUUCUAUGACCUAAAGGCUUGCAUGAUGCUGCUGCAUGAAGUAGGAUUUUCUCAGCCAAAGUAUACAGCUCUGAUAGGUGCCAGUGCAGGAGGAGUUCUUGCUGGAGCCCUUUGCAAUGCUGACCCAGAACUCUUCGGAGCCAUGGUCUUACAGGCCCCUUUCUUGGAUGUUUUAAAUACAAUGUUGGACAUUCAUCUCCCACUGACAAUUGAAGAACAGGAAGAAUGGGGAGACCCUUUAACAGAUGAUAAAUGCAUGGAGUAUAUUAAGAGUUACUGUCCAUAUCAUAAUAUUAAGCCACAGCAUUAUCCUUCAGUCUUAAUCACAGCUUAUGAAAAUGAUGAACGAAUACCACUGACAGGAGUAUUAAGAUAUAUUCAUAAACUCAGAAAAGCUGUAAUGGAUCAUGCUAGCAGUAAAUAUAAGCAAGGAAGUCCAGCACCUAACAUCAUCUUAAAUGUUCAGACAGGAGGUAGUCAUUGUGCUCCAUCUUGGGAGGAUUCAUUAAAUGAGGUGGCAGGACACCUUGCUUUUCUGCAUAGAGAACUCAAACUUGAGGGGAAGUAACUUGCAGUGGUUUAUUUAUUAUGCAGUUGUUUUUAUAUAUUGCAGCAAAUGCUAAAGAAGUAGACAUAUACAUCCAUGAGCUUAUCGGACAGCUGAAAAAACUACAUCAUGCAUAUGCAAUUUAAAAAUGGAUCACUCACUUUGGAAAAGCUACCAGCUACAAUACAGUCCCACUUUCAGGUCCCUGCUUUCAGCGUACAAUCAGGAAUUUCAGAAGGCAGAGUUUUGUGGGUUAUUCACUUACAUAGACACAGCAACUGCGAGUGGUAAAAUCCUCCCCUGCUGAAUGAAAUAAGCAACUCCUUGUGAUACCUGGUGCUUUUGCAAACAAAGAAUCAAGAUGACUGAUUAAUACAGCUGCAUCCCAAUUCUGUAGGAGAAGUUGGAUCCCUUGGUAAAAAUCUUUGGUGCACAAUUAUGCCAUGGUCAGUAAGUUUCUCUUACCUGAUACCAGCACAUGAACUCAUCCAGGACUACUAAAUAACUGUCUUACUCUUUUCUGAAAUUUUCCUGCUGCUGUGUAAUUAAAAUAUUUUUAAUUGUGCUAAUAACAUCUUUGCUUCUAGCUAUUUCAAAUAAUCCACUGCUCUUUUAGACUACGUGCCACAAACCAGAAACAUCUUCGUACAAAACAAGUUCUGUUUAUCAUGAACUUUCAUAGGAUUUGGGCCUCAGUUGUGGCAGACAAGUACAGCCCACAGAAGUGACCAAUGCAUGACCACAGCACAACUGGAAAUCUUAAAGCAGGGGUUGGCAACAUUUUUGGGCAGAGUGCCAAAAACACCCACAAACACUUGUAAGAUAUUGGCAUGCUAGGGGCGGACAGCAAGGAGCUGCAAGGGGCUCGAUCCUUGUUGUGGCAGCACAGCCCUAGACCAUUCCCCAGUCUCCCCUGAGGCACGCAUGCCAAGCAAAAUGCCUUCAUGUAGCAUGCUCUGGCACGUGUGCCGGGGGUUACCUACUAAGGCUGUGCGAAGCUUCAGUCCCUGAUUCAAUUGGGCAGAGAUUCAGUGGCCAAAUCUUCAAAUCCAAAUAGAAUCAGAGGACCCUUUAGUCUCUCCAAAUCGAAUCAGAACCCU